AUGCACUCCGCUUGCCUCACUGUCGGUCUCCUCUUCCUCGUCUCCAUCGCUUCGGCUUGUUACAUAAGCAACUGUCCUCAAGGAGGCAAACGGUCCAUCAUGGACAUGGACAUCAGACAGUGCAUGUCUUGUGGUCCCAGCAACAGAGGCCAGUGCUUCGGGGAGAAGAUCUGCUGCGGGGAGGAGAUCGGCUGCUUCUUCGGAACGUCGGAGACAUUGAGGUGCCAAAAGGAAUCCUACCUGCUCUCUCCGUGUGAACCUGCCGGCAGGCUCUGUGGCACGAACGGUGGGAAAUGUGCCGCGGCGGGAACCUGCUGCACUGCUGAGAGCUGCACAUUGGAUCCUGCGUGUAACUCCAGGAGCAUCUUCUCCUCAGAUUAA